AUGACUUCAUCUGAGUACUCAUCUUCUGACGAAGACACAGGAGCCAAGGUUUCGGAUGACUCAGACGCUUCUUCUAAGAAGCACAAGAAACGCCCCACUCGUAAUACCAGCAGUAAAGCGAUUAUUGAAAGUGCAGGUUCCUCCGAUUCGGACGAUUCUGACUCUGACGGUGGAUCGGAUAGCGACGAUGGACACGCUGCUGCUAAUCGUAAAAGGAAGGGAUCAGUUUCCAUGGCCAGAAAAGGCGGGGCGUCGAGCAGCGCAAAGAGGAAAAGAGCGAUGAGCGAAGAAAGUGAUCGCGGAGAGAUGGACGAUGACCUAUUUGCCGAUGAUGAGGAGGACAGGCGACAGAGGUGGAUGAACCGAGGGCGAAUUGUAAUUUUCAGGAAGCAAAUUGAAGAAAAGUUGGCUGCAGCGAAAAACGCAUCAUCUACAGUCGGAGAUAAGAAGGAGAAAAAAGAGAAGCGCAAGCGUGAUGAAAAGAAACGGAUAAACGAUGCUGAUAGUGAUGACGGUUUGUUCCUUCGGCAUAUUGUAAUCUAA